GGGGUUGAAGGCUGGCAGGAGGCGGGGACUCUUGGGGUGCCGAGGACUAUAAAGGGGCACAGCCAUGCGCAGGGAGACCAGUCCAGCAGGAGGCAGGUGUCUGCGUGGUCCAGCACCCACUUGCUCAGGAUACAGGAUGGCCGCUGCGUACUGCUGCCUCUCCCUGUUUUUCCUAUCCACCUGGGUGGCUCUGCUGCUGCAGCCCCUGCAGGGUGCCUGGGGGGCCCCACUGGAGCCAAUGUACCCAGGGGACUAUGCUUCACCAGAGCAGAUGGCCCAGUACGCUACUCAGCUCCGCAGAUAUAUCAACACACAAACCAGGCCGAGGUACGGGAAGAGAGAUGAGGCGAACACAGCUGGACUUCCCAGAAUGCAGCUCCCCCCAUGCACCACCCUGGCUGGUUUGAUUCCCUGCUCGGCUCCCUGGAGCUCAGGACAGGGAGCUCAGCCCGGUGGACCUGGAGUGCCCCGCCUGCUAGACCAGCAUUCCCACCGGUGUGGUGUGGUGAACCUUGGCAGGGAGCAGGUCUGGCUGGAGCCCCUGUUUUGA